UGGUUGACUUUCGUUUCACAGUAAAUUCGCUCUCAGAAGACGUCGCGCGCUGCUCAGGUGAGGUGAGUCACGGUGUCACAGGGUUCACUUCUGUCCUUGUUCUGUCCUGUGCUGCACAGCCUCUGUCAGGAGGAAACAUGGCUGAGGGAUACAGCUCAUAUAAGGUAAAGACAGAGGAUGACUACAUGUGUAAGGAAAACCAUUCCCAUACAUUUAUUUUAAAGUUCUCCAACUCUGAAGAGACAUACAGGAUCCACUGUGAUCGUCCCCAAACGGUGCUGGAGGCCAUCAGAUACAAGGUGGACGUGCAGCAGAAGCUGAAGUGUGAGGAGCAGAAUCUGACUGUGCAGAUCGGAGAGGCUCCUCAAGGCACGGCCAUCCCCACACACUUCCCCUGCUUCUGCCUGAAGGAGGGAGAGCUCAUCACUUUAGCAGCAAAGAAUGAAGAGGUGGAACAUGGAAAGACAAAACAAGAAGAGGAGAAACAACAAGGAACAUUCAACUACUAUCUCCUGUUCAUCCAGACAAAAGGAGGGCUCAAUGCAAAAACAAAAUCACUUUUUAGAAGUUCCUCCAUUAAGAAGUUCACACAGCUGUGCAUCUAUGGAACCAAAGGCAUGACCAUCAGAGACGCCAUCGCACAUGAUGGCCGCUUCACAGACUGGGGCAUUUUUACUCUGGAAGAUGUUUCAAAAGAAAAAUCUUAUGUCUUCAGUAAUGAUAACAUUGAAGCACAUGAAAAUAAAACGUUCAGGAUUUGUUUUGGAAAGAUGACAAAACCAACAGUGAACACAAAGGCAGAAAAACAGAGCACAGAGCAGAAGUCAGCAGAGCCGGGCCAGGCCCAGGACGCCUCAGGCCAAACCCAGAGGACAGCACAGGUCCCACCGAAAGCAGGGGAAACUGAGAAGAUCAUUCCACUCACUGAGGUUCUGAAAAGAAAGGAAACAAAAAGUGAAAAUGUCGAAGAGAUAUAUCAGCUUCUCCGAGAGCAGUUUCCUGAUUUGAAGAAAAUCAUGCAAGACCGAUAUCCUGGAGACACUUUUAAGGAGACGCUAAAGAAAGUGGAUUUCGGGAAAGCGCAGCAGUCUUUCACAGAUGUUUCCCGACUCAAAAAGCUGCUUAAACUGGGCACGUCCGUCGGCAAACUGGUGGUGGGGAAUGCAUGUGUGGGAACUGCGUUUGUGCUUUGUCAAAACUACAUCAUCACAAACGCACAUACAUUUAAAGACGUGGUGCACGACAACAUCCUGGACCCCAAUGUAGAAGUGGUCAUGUUAUUUAAUUUGAUAAAUCCUGUUCUGGAGAACACUUCUCGCUUUAUUGCUCAUAAGAUGAUUGACUUUGACAGGGAACAGGACUAUGCUGUUCUGGAGCUUAAGGUCAAUGAUCAGGACAAAACCAAAGUCCCUCCUGGACUCAUGAAGCUGUUCUGCCCAAAGCCGGAGAGUGGAGAGGCCUGCAUCAUUGGUCACCCGGCCGGCGACAUACAGAGGAUCGACCCCACGUGUAUCAUCGAGAACAAGUCCAGGACUGAGGAGGUCAAAAACCACCUUGACAGGUUCAAGGACAAUAUGUUUGCCCACCUGUCUGUCAGUCAUUUAAUCGAAAAACAGGGCAUCUCCAGGAUCCUGUCUGAGAGUGAUCCCCUGUACAAGUCUCUGUCCACCUACCACACCUUCAUGUACCACAGCUCCUCUGGCUCCCCGGUGUUUGACGCCUGCUGCAGAGUCUUUGGGCUGCACUCUGGGGGCUUCGUCUACGGCCUGCUUCCUCUACGGGAAAGUGUCAUAGAGUUUUCUCAUCCCCUGCUCCUGAUUUUUGAAAAGUUUGUAACUUCUCUGAAAAACAGAAAUCAAGAUGAAGUUCUGAGUGUUGUGAAGGAGCACUCAAAACGAAAUGCUCACCUGAAAAAAAUCCUGAAGAAAAUUAUGGGAUUAGAAAACCCUGAGCCCAUGGACACAAGCUAAUCUCUAACCACCAUGAGUGAUUCCAACAUUCCAAAUUCUUUAGUUUCUCCUGUAACAGAGCAGAUUGUUGGACAUAUUUGAUCGGCUAUAGUCCGCAGUCCUCAGGAGACACGUGAUGUCUCUUUUGACACUGACUGGAAUGACAGUGCCCUCUGCAGGUCAUAUUCAGAACAAUAUACUAACUGUGGGAAAGCCUUCCAUUAUAACCCAGUACAUUCCUGCCAUGUGGAGACUUUUUUUUUUGGCUGUAAGACUUUAUAAAAUUAUUUCCUGAAUAUUUGUUGUUUCCUCUUUUCCAAGUAUGCAAAACAGGUCACAAGGGCUUAAAAAAUAUAUAUAUGCAGGCCAACUUUUCCUAUGUAUACAAUCAAGUCUAACUUAACCUUAUCACUUUGAGUUUUUAAUUUUGUGGGUUUUAAUAAAAUGUAUUCAUCAUGGUUGAAAUACAUUUAUGUCAAGAUUUGUCAAUAUUUAAUGCAAAUGUAACUACAUAAAUUGAUCAAGUUUUCUUCGCUUUUAUUCAAAAAUAAAUUGCAUGUUAUUUA